GAUCAUUUCAAAACAUUUUAUGUAUUGAUAAAAAAUAAGAUUUCAAAACAAAUGUUUGCAGGGUACAAUUGAUAGUUAACAUAAAUAUGUUAAUAACUUUAAAAACAGACAGAAAUAAUAAGAAUUCUGUUGAUACUCAACAUUUUCUGUUAAAUAAUCUAUUAUUUUAACUAUUAACAUUACCCAGUAGUUUAGAACACAGAGGAAAUAAACUUAUAAAUGGGUAUUCCGAUUUUAUUAAAUCAUGAUGCGAAAAAACAAGAAUUGCUCGAAAACUACAAAAGAAUCCAUUAAAAAGUCAUAUAAUAUUGACAUAAAAAACUUACAAUUGACCAAAUUACUAAUGAGUCCAUCAAUAGAAAUACCCAUUCAAAACAUAAUCAAUACAAGUAAUAAAAUAAACAUUAAUGAAAAUGUUGUUAAAAAUAUACAAACCAAAUUGGAAUCGAAUGGUUUUACUAUCAAACGUAUAAAAGUUCCACCCACAACAACCGAUAUUAAACUAGACGCAACCAGUGUAUCAAUAGAUUUAACCGAUACUGCUGAAGAAACAAGUACCAAUAUUGUAACUUGUAAUUAUUGUAAACAGAAAUUUUCCAAUUUGAAAAUAUUAGCACAACAUCAAUUAAUACAUUUAAAAGUAAGAGUAAAUAAAGUUUUCCAAAAACGUUUAUUACCCAAGCAAUCAAGGCGUGGUCGUCUAAUUACCAUCAACGAUAACAAAUGUAUACGUUGUCUUAAUUGUUGGCGUAUAUUUAAAGAUAAUAAGGAGAUUUUGCAGCACUGGUCUGGCGGUGAAUGUGAAUUCUAUUGUUUGGUAUGCAGCAAAGAGUAUCCACAUUCGCCGAAAAUGUUAAGAGAACAUGUAACCACAGUUCAUGGUAUAAGUUAUCGCAGUGUUGCACGUGGGUAUAUGGCUUGUCAAACGGCUUCCAUUAAGCCUGUGGAAUUUCCCAUACCAAUAUUUAAAUAUACCACCGCAAAACAAAAAAGUAGAACUUAUAAAAAGCCUCCACCAAAACAAUUUCUUUUACAGUCAUGCACAAAAAAUGAUGACGGUACUAUUACAUGCAAAAUUUGCCACAAAGUUUUCGAUAACUUUAGAUCCAGUAAUUCUCACAUGCGCAAACAUAAACCGCCCAUUCGUUAUGGUGAACCUAUUAUUGCACUAACUACACCUAUGGACAGUUAUAAUACACGAGAUGAAUACAUGACUCAGCCUUCUACUAGUCAUUUUCGUUAUGUCAACUCUAAUACACCGUCUUCAGCAACAACAAAUUUUUUACAUAUGAAACUUCCUAGGCCGGCUUAUCGUGUCAUUAUGAAAAAUGGUCCUCUACGUGGCAUUAAAACGAAAAUUGUACAAAAACGUCAUGAUUUUCUAACAAAUUAUCCAAACAAUGACCGCCAAUCAAGUCAGAGAUCUAUGACCUCAACAUCUGAUCCAAAUGAAGAUGACAAUAUGAUUGUUCCCGAAGUAAUAAUGCCCGCCUUUAAGUCCGAACAUAUUACGGAAAAUUACAAUCAUAAUACAAAUCUUGAUGAUUUACAAUAUAAUGACUAUACGAAUUCACCUUUGGUGCCAACAAUAAAAUCAGAGCCUAUGGAUAAUUCGGAACUUGCUGAGACACAAGAACCUCGCCAGUGUUUUAUAUGUAAUGAAAAUUUUUCCAACACUCGAGAAUAUGAAUUACAUGCGAUGUUUGUUCAUAAUAUAAAUUAAUUUUAAUUUGCGCUAUACAUUUUUAUUAGAGUCAUCAUUUAAAAUGAUUUUUUAUAAACAAAACUCAUGUUAAUGCAUAGAACUUAUUAUGUAAUUUAAAUUUAAAUUUUUUUUGCAAUUUCAUAAAUAUAUAAAGCAAUAAGCUUGAGAUUUUCCUAUUCAUACCAUAGUAUUUAAAAUUGCAUUUAGUAUUAUUUAUAAUUUUACUUUCAUACAUAUUUACAUAAAAUUCAUCAUUAAAUAGUAUUUAAUAAAUACAUUUGAAUUAGAUUUUAAAUAUUAGUAAUAUUUUUGUAAUUAAUAUUUAAACAUUAUUUACAUUUUACAUAAAUAAAGUGAAAUUAGAUAUCAUAAUU